UCCACGAAGGCAUCAAGGGCCUCGUGGUGACCUCACCAACCACACUCAGACGAGCCACUGCUGGCCCGUGUGUGAACUGCCCUCUUGUCUCUCCGGCGGCUUUGUUGGUGGGGUGUGUGCAGGAGGACACGUUGCUCGAUCAAGGUCUCAAAUACGGCGAAAUCCACAACGCCACUCUGCCGCAGGUAAGCAGACACAGACACAAACACACAUACACGUGGGCCCCUGUGUGUCUGUCAGCUGUUCAAGAUGGCUUACGUGUGUGGUCUGUGGGAGGAGGCCGUCCAGCUGCACCGCGACCACAUGAAGCGAUGCAGACCCGCACCACUACCCCUCCCACCGUCUCCAGGCUGCGGCCCCACCGCACACCAGCGGCCCCCGCCAUCCCCCUCACCCCCACCUAACCCCCAGGGAGCAUGGCCACACCCACUGGUCGCCCAGAGCUAUCCGCCGACUGCCGCAGUGCGCCUGCAGCCAACAGGGGGCCUCCCACCACCACAAGGGCCGCAAUCGCCACAAGUGCCGCAGACGCUGGUGACACAGACACACACACACACACACACAGACACGACGACAGACAGAGAUGGCCCUGUUGGGCGUAUGUGAAUGGGGGACAUGUGUGUGUUUGUUUUUGUUCAGUGCUUCAAGCAGCUGCGAGGGCUGGAUGACCUCAGCCGAGUGCUCAGGAGUCAGCUGCAGCUGGUGGACAAACAGAGGCAACAGGCAUUCAACCUCUUCGCCACACCAAACAAGCCACAGGUAUGCUGCAUGCGCACUGGUCAUCCCUCCUCUCAUCCACACACGCGCUCAUCCCUCUCUCUCUUUCUGUCUGUCUGUCUCUCUCUCUGUCUGUCUGUUUGUCAGGCGGUUGAGCAGAAUCUGCGUGUGUGGCAGAGCCUGGUCGACAAUCAAGCCACGAAGAUCAGCCCAGCCGUCAAAGCUCUUACUUAUCACUCAGCAAAGAAGAUUCGCAUGAUACAGGCACUGCUGGAGACACCGGUGAGUGAGAACACACACAAGCGACAGACUCUGCUGACGAUGCUGUCUCGUGAGUGCAGCAUGAGCCCUGUUUGGAGGGCAUUCCCGAAGUGCUCUGGUUCAGCGACAGCGAUCGCACCGGCAUCGGUACGCUGAUAUCGACCACACAUGUCCAGAUCGGCUCAGUCAAUGUCUUUCCUUGACAUUUCUGCUUUGUGUGGUCUGCAGGUGGUUAUCUGGGCUUCGUUGAGUGCGUCAAGUCCCUCUCGGGUGUCAGCACGGCGAUCGCGUCCAUCGUCGGCAACCCCAAAAUGCAUCCCAUUCUGCUCCUCGACAACACGACACGUCUCGCACGUCGCCCUCCACCCAUACACAAAAAGUGGAAGGGUGAGCAUAGCACAAUAAAAUCGACUCGUUGCCGAUUACUUUCUCUGUGUCUCGGUGGCUGCCUCAGAGGUGCUUUCCCGCGCCAGCAGCAUCCGCGUGUUGAUCGAGGCCGACCCACGUGUCAUCAGUGUCGCGCUGCUCGAGGCCGCCGCUCCCGCCGUCACUGAGAUCACCGUCGACACGGCCGCCGAGCGCACGACACAUCGCAUAGAGAUCGCCGGCCGCAAUCCUGUGAGUAUCCCGCGGCUCGUCAGGGCCGUCUUGACGCGUGAGUGGGUGAAGGUGAUGCAGCGGCGGCGGCAGCACUGCGGGAAGCAGCUGUAUGAGAUGCCCGCUCUGACCCAUCUGAGCGUCGAGUGGCCUUAUCAGGGGGGGCUGACGAUGCUCAAGGGGGUGACUGGCGGCCUGCGGUCGCUCCAUCUCCUCGACAAGGUGGGUGCCGGGGGGUAAUGUGGCCAUGGGCGGGUGGACAGAACGUACGUGUUGUUGUGUUGACAUUCCCUUGUAGGUGAUAGCUGAUGGACACCCUCCUGUGUACACGCCUCUUCACUUAGUUGCCGAAUCGCUCGAGAGAACGCCCUCCAACUCUACCAUCACGUCACUCACGGGCCAUUUGCUUUGUUGGCCCAGAAGCUCCCCCAGCUAG